UUGCAGACCAGCAUCUCCAUCGAGAUCAGGUACCAGGCUGUGGAUGGGACGGUGGGCACAUGGAACGACAAGGAGUUCCUGGAGAAUCCCAGCAUCCACUCAGAGGGAGAUGGCAGGUACCCCUUAGAGACAGACAGCCUCCUCUCCGGCCACCGGCAAGGCUCAGACAUCUCUCCAGGCAAAUCCAACCAGCAGUCCAUGGAGAGGAGCUUCAGAAGAGCUGGGAAAGGAGUUUUUUCAGCCAUGAAGCUUGGCAAGACACGUCCGUCCAAGGAUGACCAUCGGAAACAAGAUGAACCCGCUGUUUUGGAGGCAGAAGACCUGGACCGAAAAGCCAUGAGACACGGAUGUGGACUGGAGCCAGACACCAUCUCCUUGGCCUCUGUCACAGCUGUCACCACCAACGUCUCGAAUAAGAGGUCCAAGCCUGACAUCAAAAUGGAGCCGAGUGCUGGCAGGCCGAUGGAUUACCAGGUCAGCAUCACCAUCAUCGAGGCCCGGCAGCUGGUUGGGCUCAACAUGGACCCUGUGGUGUGCGUGGAGGUUGGAGAGGAAAAGAAAUACACAUCCAUGAAGGAAUCGACCAAUUGUCCUUACUACAAUGAGUACUUUGUCUUCGAUUUCCACGUCCCCCCAGAUGUCAUGUUCGACAAGAUCAUCAAGCUGUCUGUGAUCCACUCAAAAAACCUCCUGCGCAGUGGGACUUUGGUUGGCUCCUUCAAGAUGGAUGUCGGAACCGUUUAUACCCAACCUGAGCACCAGUUCUACCACAAAUGGGCCAUCCUUUCUGACCCCGAGGAUCUCACUGCUGGGCUGAAAGGUUACCUGAAGUGUGACAUCGCCGUGGUUGGGAAAGGGGACAACAUCAAGACACCGCACAAAGCCAAUGAGACAGAUGAGGAUGAUAUUGAAGGGAACCUCCUCCUCCCGGAUGGCGUCCCUCCCGAGAGGCAGUGGGCUCGUUUCUACAUCAAGAUCUAUCGAGCAGAGGGGCUGCCCCGUAUGAACACCAGCAUCAUGGCCAAUGUGAAGAAAGCUCUCAUUGGGGAGAACAAGGACUUGGUAGACCCCUACGUGCAGGUGGUCUUUGCAGGGCAGAAGGGGAAGACAUCCAUACAAAAAAGCAGCUAUGAGCCUCUCUGGAAUGAGCAAAUAGUCUUCACAGAAAUGUUCCCCCCUUUGUGCAAGCGGAUAAAGAUCCAGAUCCGAGACUCGGACAAAGUCAACGAUGUGGCCAUUGGUACCCACUUCAUUGAUUUGCGGAAAAUCUCUAAUGAAGGAGACAAAGGCUUCCUGCCCACCUUUGGCCCUGCGUGGGUGAACAUGUAUGGUUCCACUCGGAACUACACCCUGAUGGAUGAGCACCAGGAGCUGAACGAGGGUCUGGGUGAAGGCGUCUCCUUCCGGGCCAGGCUUUUGAUGAGUCUUGCUGUGGAGAUCUUGGACACCACCAACCCGGAGAUUAACAGCUCCACCGAGGUGCAAGUCGAGCAGGCCACGUCAAUUGCUGAU